ACCGGAGGCUGUUUCAGACUGGUACACCUUUCUUUCGUGUCUUCCUCUACUCUUCUGAUGCGUUGUUUUUAAUUUGGAUGAAGGAAGCCUUUUGGAGCUGCAUUAGCCUGUCUGUUUGAGAGUUACAUUUUCAAUAUGUGUUUAAAAGGGCUUUAAAAAUGUUUUUUGUCUUCGCACAGCUGCUGUGUGUAACAUGAGUUUGGGAAAGUGAGAAUGUCAUGAUAAAGUCAAGUAAUGUUUUCCUCUUUGUCUCUCCUCUAGUUGCGAGUUCCCUCUGACAGUGGACUGAGUGUCUCUGUGAGCGUCUCUCAGCCUGGGACGACUGCUCUUCUGGCCACAGCGUCCAUGAGGUAACGGCGGGAAGCCCCAUACUACCCUCGCUCCAUCCCCCUCUCCCUCCACCCCCACCUGCAGCGAUGGGUCAGAAGAUCUCAGGUAGCAUCAAGUCAGUGGAUGCACGGGGUGAGCCUUCAUACCGGCCGGUCCGCCGUGAGCUGCGGGGUCCAGACUUCUGCCGGCCUCCUCGUUUGGACCUGCUUCUGGACAUGCCCCCUGCGACCUCUGACCUGCAGCUCCACCACGCCUGGAACCCCGAAGACCGCUCGCUCAACGUCUUUGUCAAGGAGGAUGACAAGCUGACCUUCCACCGCCACCCGGUGGCCCAGAGCACCGACUGCAUCCGCGGCCAGGUGGGCUACACACGGGGGCUCCAUGUCUGGCGGAUCCACUGGCCGGUGAGACAACGAGGAACACACGCUGUCGUAGGGGUGGGCACGGCUGACGCUCUUCUACACUCUGUGGGUUACACAGCCCUGGUGGGUUCGGACUGUGAGUCGUGGGGCUGGGACUUGGGCCGGAACAGACUCUACCAUGACAGUAAGAACCGGCCGGCCUCCACCUCGGCACCAACAUACCCGUGUUUCCUGGAGGCAGACGAGUCGUUUGUUCUGCCAGAUGCCCUGCUGGUGGUGCUGGACAUGGACGAGGGCUCACUCAGCUUCAUGGUGGACGGCCAGUACCUGGGCGUGGCCUUCAGAGGGUUAAAGGGCAAGAGGCUGUACCCCAUCGUCAGCGCUGUGUGGGGACACUGUGAGGUCUCCAUCCGCUACGUCAAUGGACUGGAUCCGGAGCCCCUCCCCCUGAUGGAUCUGUGCAGGCGAGUGGCCAGGCUGGCUCUGGGGCGGGACCGACUCAACCAGAUAGACACCCUCCCUCUGCCAGAGACCCUCAAGAACUACCUCCAGUACCAGUGACCCCACACACUCACCAGGACAACGAACGACUGACUGCUUGACGGCAGCUACAUUUCACUACAGUCAACCCCCAAAAAUGUAACCCUGACCCAUUGGACAUCUACUCAGGAUAAUGAUGAUGGUCUGGAGGAAGCCUAUGAAGGAGUUCCGAGUUUCUUUUUAGGAUUUGCCUGUUUUUUUGUUGUUUAAAAAAAAAUGCUCACUGCUGUGAUGGUUGAUGGACAGAGGGAGGAUUAACGAACGGAGGGGGGUGGGCUUGAGACUGGACUGUAGCAGAAGUGUUGGGCUAUGAUGCUGACUUCUCAUUGGGUAUGUGGGUCUGUAGUGCUUCUAGAAUAUGUGCCUGGAGGAACGGGGCAUUUGGGGAUGAUGCAUGUACAGUAACUACGUAUGAUGUCUAUAUCUAUACAGAUUCCCUGGAAGGCUCUCGGAACAUCUAGAUAUUUAUAUUUAGACCCUAUAGCAGGCUCCACUGAGACUCACCAGCCCCUAGCCACAGGGAGUUAGAGGAUGGAAAACACACAGGCAGGCAAACAUCCUUGAAUGCAUGCAUAUGCAAACACUCGCUCAUGCUCAGAGGGGCUGUUUUCAGUGUGAGUGGCGUGAGGUUUUAUGCAUGUGUGGGUUGGUGCGUGUCGGCCUUGCUCCGCAACAGGCAACCCGAGGCAUCAGUCAGACCCACUCUGACUCCACUGAGUUUGGGGACACUGCAGCCCUGAUAUCUUUUAGUGCCCUGCUGCACUACACCUCCCUCUCAACUGGCAGUCUCUUUAUUUAUCAGUGGAUUUCAUUGGAUCCAGGCUUCCAUUAGGUCUCUGUCUGGGUCUGCGUCAAAUGGCACCCUAUUCCCUACAUAGUGCACUACAUUUGAUCAGCCUGAUCAGGAGUAGUGCGCUACGUUUGAUCAGCCUGAUCAGGAGUAGUGCGCUACGUUUGAUCAGCCAGAUCAGGAGUAGUGCGCUACGUUUGAUCAGCCAGAUCAGGAGUAGUGCGCUACGUUUGAUCAGCCAGAUCAGGAGUAGUGCGCUACGUUUGAUCAGCCUGAUCAGGAGUAGUGCGCUACGUUUGAUCAGCCUGAUCAGGAGUAGUGCGCUACGUUUGAUCAGCCUGAUCAGGAGUAGUGCGCUACGUUUGAUCAGCCUGAUCAGGAGUAGUGCGCUACGUUUGAUCAGCCUGAUCAGGAGUAGUGCGCUACGUUUGAUCAGCCUGAUCAGGAGUAGUGCGCUACGUUUGAUCAGCCUGAUCAGGAGUAGUGCGCUACGUUUGAUCAGCCAGAUCAGGAGUAGUGCGCUACGUUUGAUCAGUAGUGCGCUAUGUCGGGAUAGGGUGCCGUUGUGGACAGCCUGGGAUGUUGUCAGUCAGUGUGUGUUAAAGCUGAUUGAAGUUGAUCAGAGGGCCAAUCCGCUAUUACUGUUUAUGUGCCUGCUCAGAGAAAGCACACGACACCUCUGUCACAGGAGACUGUUUUAAAAAAUGUAUAUGCUGCUUUGUUGUUUCACUCCUCCUGUUCUUAUCCCGAUGGUGAUAAUCCUCUUUUAAAUACGUUUUCUCUUUUUAUGAAUGAGGCUUUUGUUUAUUUCUAUUGUAUUAAGAUCUAUUUGCUGAACAGGAAGUGACCCAGUUGAGACAGGAAGUCUCGCUGAGAGACUGAUUGAGGAAUGUGCUGCAAUGAGCAUCUUUUUAAAUGUGAAUUAAAACAAACUGAACCCAA